UUGAUCUGCCGGCGAGACAGACAGAAGACAUGAAGCUUCUUCUUCUCCUGACUCUCUUUGGAGGGGCAGUUGCCCUCGACGAUGACAGGAUUGUUGGCGGGUACGAGUGCCGGAAAAACUCUGUGCCCUACCAGGUGUCCCUCUUCACUGGCUACAACUACUGUGGUGGGACUCUUCUGUCUGAGGACUGGGUGCUUUCUGCUGCACACUGCAAAACAAAGUCCAACGUGGAGGUUCGGCUGGGAGAGCACAACAUCUGGGAAACUGAUGGGACUGAGCAGUACAUCAUGUCCGCCGAGUUCAUCCGCCACCCUGACUACGAUUCCCGCACACAGGACAGCGAUAUCAUGCUGAUCAAGCUGAGCAAACCUGCCACUCUGAACACCUUUGUACGUCCCGCCGUGCUCCCUUCAGAGUGUGCCAGUGACGGCACCAUGUGCCAGGUGUCCGGAUGGGGAAGUAUUCGGCCCAGCGACGACGGCUCGAGGUACCCGCAUGAGCUGCAGUGUCUGGAAGUCCCUCUGCUGAGCGAUGACACCUGCUUUAAUGCAUACCCUUUCCAAAUCACUGAAAACAUGAUCUGUGCCGGAUACCUGGAGGGAGGAAAGGACUCCUGUCAGGGUGACUCCGGGGGUCCCCUGGUGUGUGCCGGCGAGCUCCACGGAGUUGUGUCUUGGGGCCAUGGUUGUGCUCUGAGAAAGAAGCCUGGGGUGUACACAAAAGUUUGCAAUUACUUGUCCUGGAUCAAGAACACGAUGGCGUCUGGCUGAGCAGAGAAAGAAUUCAGUAAAGUCGACUACGUGAUGUUCUGUUUGUACG